AUGAAAUUACACCCUAUGCAGUUGGAAGGUGAGUUCACAGUCAAGGGCAAACUGAGAGGCCUUCCUCAGGAAUACCUAGAGAAAUACGUGCAUCGUUUGGUUGAAGAGGAAAAAUGGGAAACAUUUAUGGAUGUAUUGGCUCUUAUCCUCUAUGGUGUCAUGCUUUUUCCUAACAUCGAGAACUUCAUCGACAGCGCCGCCAUAAAUGCAUUUGUGGGAUACAAAGAUCGCUCUGAGAAUCCGGUCACCGCUGUCCUAGCUGAAGUUUAUGGGACCCUUAGUCAAUGUUACGAGCUAAAGGGAGGGAAACUUUUGUGUUGUCUGCCAAUGUUGUAUGUAUGGUUCUUCUCUCGGGUGAGCGAGAACACAUUGAAUGCCACAUGUCCCGUGGAUGAGCUACUGCAGUGUAAACCAAAUAUGAAAGGGGCAAAUAAAUGGGCCCAGCUCUGUGCAAGUCUAAAUGUGGAGCAAGUUAAAUGGAAUGUACUUUGGAUGCAAAGAUCGGAAAUCAUAUAUUAUUGCGGGAGGUACCCUAAUGUGCCCCUCAUUGGUAUCAAGUGUUGCAUUAACUACAAUCCUGUGUUAGCACAAUGGCAAUUCGGGUAUCCUAUGAGAGGAUCUCCUACACUUACGUCUCUCGCCAUAUUGCAGAUCUAUUAUAAGGAAGGAACCUUUGCUGAAGUGCUUCAUCAAAUUAGAAAUGCUUGGGGCAACGUUGUUCGUGCAGAAAGGGACCCAAGACCGUGGACUGUUGAUGAGGGAAUUCCUUACGACUUUUGGAUUGCAGAGAGGGUUAGGAUAGUGAAGUUACCUUUCAAGUUAGUUUCUCCUAACCUGGAUUAUGAGAAAUAG